AUGGCAUCGUAUGAAUUAAACUUUUAUCGUCUCUACAGACCCGAACUCUACACUCCCAACUGUAACUCCAUCAACGAAUCGAUCGUCUAUAGAUCAGGCUCCCAUGCUGUCCCUACCAUACUUUUUCCCGAUCAUGAUGAUAUUGUAUUGAGUGUUACUAAUAGUGAUUCGAUCGUAAUCUUCCUGAUGAAGAGUGGUAAGGUAUUGCUGCUCGGAAGAGGAUCUUUUGUAAUUGGAAAUCCAAAUUAUGAUGAUGGUGAGGAUCCAGACAAAUUACAUGAAUUGAAUACUGAGAAAUUGAGAGAGAUGGAUAAAAGUCCUUUCAAACAAUUGUGUGCUACCAAUUCAGUGUUAUAUGCUGUGAUGGAGAGUGGAAGAUUGUUUUCAAUUAAUGAUGUGUGGAAGGAGGAAAAGUUUGGACAGGAAGAAGCAUUGCAUUUUGAGUAUGUUGGAACUGGAUUAUCUCACAUGAUGGCAAUUACUAAUAAUCAUGAGGUUUAUGGAACAGGAUCUGAUGCGUAUGGAUGUUUGGGUGGGUGUGGUGGAGGAAAAAUUAAAUUUGAGUAUGUUCUGGAUGAGGAUGAUCAUAUUCUUGAUGUGUAUCCUGCUUAUUAUAGAACUUUGGUAGUUACUGCUAAUGGAAAACUACUCACAACAGGAUGGGGAGUUUAUUCUCAACAAGGAUUGGGAAAUAGUAGUGGAGAUAAUCCUCGAUUCGUUCGACACCAACCAAUGAAUGAUUUAGGAGAACAUGUGAUUAAGCUUGCUCUUGGAGCUCUUCACACCAUUGUUUUGACUAAAAGUAGAAAGGUUUAUGGCUUUGGAUUCAAUUCAUAUGGACAACUUUCACAAGGAGAAGUGACAAGUGAUUUUGGAUUUCCUGUAUUAAUUGAAACACCUCAACCAAUUGUUGAUAUUUGGUGUGGAUGGCAUCACACCUUAUUUGAAUCAUCAACUGGCUCAUUCUAUUGUUCUGGAUCCAAUGGUUCUAAUGAAAUGCUUGGUGUUGAAGAUGACUUAAAAGGAAAAAACAUUUAUAACCUUACAAGUUUUUCAACACCAGAGAAUGAAGAAUAUUUGAGAUGGAAAAUUGGAGUUUGUUCAUUCUCUUCAAAUACUUAUUAUCAUGGCAUUCGAUUGACUGGAAAGAGAAUUGAAUGGAUGUUAGCUAAUUUGAAAGCAAUGACAAGAGCAAGAUGUGAAUAUUCGGAUUUAACAUUUGAUUGGGAAUGUUAA